AUGGUGGCUGCCAUCGGAGCUGGAUUCUCCCCAAAGCUGGCGAAGGAUUACACUCCUUCGACAUGGAUCUAUGCAGCUGAAGUCGGACUACGGUCUAUUGACUCGGAAAAGCGUGCAUCCGUGACCGGUGUGCAAAUCUUGUGCCUGGUACUGCUCGCGCGGCAAAUCAAUCCGGAUGCCACCGAGAAGAAUCUGUCGUGGAUCACGGCCGAGGGCCUNUUGCGAGCAGCCAUGCACAUUGGCUUGCACAUCACCCCAUCUCGACUACCUCCCAUGUCGUUCUACGAAGAGCAGAUACGUAUCCGCUUAUGGGCAACUGUAAUCGAGAUUUACCUACAGCACUGUCUGGAAGUUGGAGGCUCACCUUCGAUUCUAGCACACGAGCUCGACCUUGAACUGCCUUGCAACAUUGCCGAUGAACAUUUCGACGAACACACCACGGCUCCUCCGACUCCGGAACCAAUGGACCAAUUUACUCAUACCUCCAUACAGAUCACUCUCAUACAAUGUUUUGCGGUAAGACUGGAAAUUGCUGCCUUUGUGAACAACCCGAGGAGGGAAGGUCUCUACAAGGAGACUCUACAACUGGCCUCGAGGCUCAGCUCAUUCUGCAAGUCCAACCAUCAACGUUUCCAGCGAGAUACGAGGCCACAAGCACAUCGGUUCUCAAUGCGACUGAUGGAUUUGUUCAUGCAUCGCUUUCUCCUCGCGCUGCAUGCUCCCUUUGCUUUCAGAGCUGUGGCCGACCCAACACUGUGUUUUUCCCGCAAGGUCAGCCUCCAAGUAGCCCUUACGCUACUUGAUCGUUCUCUUUGUACCGACGACGACGAAUACGCUCGAGCAUUACUGGUCGGCGUUGGCUUCUUUGCCGGACCCACCAUCCAAGCAGCCAGCAUUGUUUGCGCAGAACUCAUCAGUCAGAUGGAAGAAGAAAUAUCAAUGUUUACACUUUCUCCCGGCUCUGCAGGGCGCCAGGUCCUCUGCAAAGUCCUGGAUGACUACAUCAAUCUCUUGCGGAGACGUGUCAUGCAGGCCGAACCAGACAUUCAACUCUUUUUGCUCUUCUCGGGGCUGAUUGCGCAGAUUGAGGCAUCGCACAGUGGACGCUCGGUGGACAAAGCCAUUGAGCUUGCGAUGCAGGAGGGCUUGAUGGAUUGUCAGAAGAUCUUGGAGGACCGAGCUCAGCCUGAUUUGAUGAUUGAGCCUAGCCUGGAUUUGACGGAUCAGUUCACUCUUGACGGAAUUUCGUGGUCGGCAAAUGAAUUGCAGGACUGGUUGUCAUGUGGUGGGCUUGAAGCUCCCCUUCUCAUGCCUGCGUUCCAGUAG